AGAAGCGCGCUAUUUGGCCUCUGAGGUCCGUGUAAACAGCAGCUCUCCUCCCCCUCAUGACGCGGAACUCCGCGGUUUUCAUCACUUCCUCUGGUUGACAGUCUGUGUACCCCGGACGUGGUCUUCUCGUUACGAUGUUUCGCUUUUUGUUUUUCUAAGUAAAGCGCGUUGUGUCUGGACAACUUUCCAACGAUGGCCUGCGUGGAUUCAGAGGUUGACUUGUGGGUCGUUCCUCUCGUUGCGCUCAAUAUGAGCGUGCGUAAAAAGUUGGGACUGUACCUGAACCCUCGGAACGCGGUGGCCGCGGACUGGAUGGCCGUGGCGGAGGAAAUGGGCUUCAAUUACCUGGAGAUAAAGAACUACGAGGGGACCAAAAGUCCCACCGAGUCGGUCCUGGAGGACUGGCAGGCCCGCUGCACCGACGCGACGGUCGGGAAGCUGCUGUCCAUCCUGGAGGAGGUGGAGAGGAGAGACAUUGUGGAGGACCUCCGUCCCCUGAUGGAUGAGGACGUCAGGAAGUACUGCGAGAACCAGAAGAAGAACGCGAAGCCCCCUCUGCAGGUCCCAGAGGUGGACAGCUGUGUCCCUCGCCCCAUGCAAAGGAUUGGUAUCACUCUGCAGGACGACCCCGAGGGUGCUCCCGAGCUGUUUGACGCCUUCAUCUGCUACUGCCAGAAGGACUUUGAUUUUGUGCGUGAGAUGAUCCGCGAGCUGGAACAGACCGAGUACAAGCUGAAGCUGUGCGUGUUUGACCGCGACGUCCUCCCGGGCUCCUGCGUCUGGACCAUCACCAGCGAACUCAUUGAGAAGAGGUGCAAGAGGAUGGUGGUGGUGAUUUCAGAUGAAUACCUCGAUAGUGACGCCUGUGACUUUCAGACCAAGUUUGCUCUCAGUCUCUGUCCCGGAGCUCGGGACAAACGGCUUAUUCCUGUGAAAUGCAAGCCAAUGACAAAGCCGUUCCCCAGCAUCUUGCGCCACCUCAACAUAGGUGACUACACUCGCCCCUACACGCGGGCCUGGUUGUGGGUACGCCUGGCGAGAACUCUCUCACAGCCUACAUUCAUGUAAGGUUUGGAUAAUGACCAAACAUGCCAGGUUAAAGUAUAUACUUUUGUUCGUGAUCUGCGUCUCGGGUUCCGUUUCAAGUAGGAGGUUUAACCAACUCGGAGUCAAACCCUAAACUCUGAGUUGAUUUACCCUGAGAUGGGAAACUCUGAGUUUUGGGUUUCCGAACAGCUGUUUAGAGUUGGUUGAAUCAACUAGGAGUAGGUUGACUCAAAGCUGAGCACGUGCACCUAUGAGGAACUAUAAUGGCUCUCACUGGUUUGUGUCCAUGGAACAAAAACCUUUAAAAUACGUUUCAGAGCGAGGCACAUGUUUCUCACGGCUUUGCAUACUGUAGCUUUACUAAUAUUCUCCGCAUCACCAUUGUUGUACGGGAAACUGCCAUUUGCAGAAAAAGAUAAUGCACAAAGGAUCUGCUCGGAUGUGAGAGCACGUCCACGAUGGGUGAUGUUAGCUAUAUGAGGACGGGUGAGGUUAUGUACAUAUUGGAUGGACUGUGAAGUAAAACGAUACCGUUCAAACAAGUAGUUAUCUGCAAAUGACAAUAUAUAUAAUCAGGGUCUCAAUAUUCUCUCCCGACGUGUUUAACACCCUGCGAAGUAAUAUCGCUUCUUCAUCAACAGGAUCGUUCAGAACAGCCAUGUUCGAGAAAAAAACGUUAGUCUUUAGUAACAGUCUAGUCUUUACGUAACAGAUCUUAUUUUGUUCAAAUGUCGAAACUUCGCUAAAAUACGCCUGAUACAGAGUAACUGAAUGAAUGAGGAAAUGAAAGCACACUGUGUCAUUGGCUGGGCUGCUGUCAGAGGGAGGAGACCGUGAAAGAAACUCGAGGUU